AGACUCUGAACAAACUCACACUCUGUUAUCUCUGUUAUUGUUUCCAAGAAAAAUAACAAUAAAAGAAAUGGAACGGCGGCAACAGUCACCACCAUCUCCGCCUCCAUCUCCGCCGUCACGAAUCAUACUUGGAAAAUACCAGCUUACCAAAUUUCUGGGACGCGGAAACUUCGCGAAGGUAUACCAAGCAACUUCUCUGAUAGAUGGUUCAACGGUAGCCGUGAAAGUCAUUGACAAAUCCAAAACGGUGGACGCAUCUAUGGAGCCACGAAUAGUUCGUGAAAUCGACGCUAUGCGCCGUCUUCAAAAUCAUCAAAAUAUCCUCAAAAUUCAUGAAGUUUUAGCUACGAAAACAAAGAUCUAUCUCAUCGUCGAUUUCGCCGGCGGCGGUGAGCUUUUCUACAAACUCUCCCGACGAGGCAGGUUUACAGAGUCUAUUGCUCGUCGUUACUUUCAACAGCUUGUGUCCGCACUCUGUUUCUGUCACAAAAACGGCGUCGCUCACCGUGACCUAAAACCGCAGAAUCUUCUCCUCGACGCUGACGGUAAUCUAAAGGUCUCCGACUUCGGUCUCUCCGCCUUGCCGGAACAGCUCCAGAACGGUCUCCUCCAUACAGCUUGUGGUACUCCGGCGUACACCGCACCGGAGAUUCUCGGCCGCAUUGGAUACGACGGAUCUAAAGCAGACGCUUGGUCCUGUGGCGUCAUCCUCUACGUGCUUCUCGCUGGUCACCUUCCGUUCGACGAUUCAAACAUUCCGGCGAUGUGCAAGAGAAUCAUGCGCCGGGAUUUUCAGUUUCCGGACUGGAUUUCUAAGCCAGCUCGUUACCUAAUCUAUCAGCUACUCGACCCGAACCCGAAAACCCGAAUCAAACUAGAAAACGUGUUUGGAAACGCGUGGUUUAAGAAAUCAUUAAGAGAAGAACCUGAAGUUAAAGUUUUCGAAUCGGAAUUAUACAACAAAUACUGUUGCGAAGGUAACAAGAAAUUAGAAUUGGGGAUGAACGCGUUUGAUAUAAUAUCGAUGUCUUCGGGUUUGGAUUUGAGUGGUUUGUUUGAAACUACAUCGUUUAGAACUGAAAAGAGGUUUACUUCAAGUGAAGAAAUUGGUGUGGUGGAAGAGAAAGUGAAGGAAAUUGGAGGAGAAUUAGGGUUUAGAGUUGAGAUUGGGAAAAAUGGAACAAUUGGGUUGGGGAAAGGAAAGAUUACUAUGGUUGUUGAGGUGUUUAAGAUUGUGGACAAUUUGUUGUUGGUAGCACUUAAAUUGGAGAAUGGUGGAAUGGAAUUUGAAGAACUUCAUUGGAAUGAUUGGAAAAUUGGGCUUCAAGAUGUUGUUAUUUCUUGGCAUAAUUACGAGUCAAAAUUUCCAUGUAAUAAUAAUGUUGAUGAAUCUGAAAGAAAGAUUACUUAGUUCUGAUGUAAAAUAUGUUAGGAGAGAUUAACCCUUUCAAAACAGUUACCUCUGUUUUGUUAUUCACUCUCACACAAACAAACAAGUGUAGGGUUCUCAUGCAUGUAGCUUCUAAUAUACACUUUUUUGUUGUUUGAUUCUUAGUUGUUAAUGAGUGAAUUUCUUUUGUUUGUAGUUUCUGGUAUGGGACAGUGUUCAACGGUUGUAAAUGGAAAGAAUAUUGGCGAGUGUUGUGUUGUUCCAUUAUUGUCUUGAAACAAGUAGAACAUUUUAUGUCUUGA